AAUACGUAAUUUCUGUGUCUUAUAUCGCACAUAGGUAACACAGAAGUGGUGGAUUUGCUGGUCCAACAUGGUGCAACAUUAGAAAUAAAGGACGGCUUCCAGUACACGCCACUCAUGACUGCAUGCAUCUACAAUCACGUCGACACAGUCAAGCGACUGAUUGAGCUUGGGGCAAGGCCUGAUUUACCAGACAGCUAUAUAGACGACAUGCGAGGAAACUUAAGUACCGAGAGUAUGCAGCUUGUACAAGAGGCGAGGAAGUCCAAGCUGUUGAGAUGCUGCAACCCCAAGUGUGGCAAACCAGGCUACAGGAAAACCAUGAAGCUGUGUGGCCGGUGCAAGCUGACCCGCUACUGCAGCCGUGACUGUCAGAUACAACACUGGUCUGUCGGACACAAGAAGUGCUGUGGGCAUGACGCGUACACUAACGAUGGACCAAGCCCCUUCUUCAAAUUCUUCAAGUCCAUGGCAGAUGAUCUAAUAGCACAGGCAUGUGCACGUGCAAAAGAAUUGUGACUCUAAACGUUUUUACUACUUCUGAUCUUUAACGAUGACAUGAGACGACUUAUCAUUCAAUACGAAGAACUGUGGAGUACACGACAACAGCCGCAUAUGAAAUACAUAUGUAUAGCAAACAAUAAGUUGCCAAACCUGAAGCAUUUGUCUCUUUCUUAUGGUGCUUGUAUCCAUAUACGUAGGUAUAAGACAACGCUAAGUUUUGUUUGUUUUGUCAACUAGUUUCUAUUUGAACAGUAAUGUGGUUUAUAAAGACCUCUUUUUACUUGGAUAAUCUUGUCGCAGGGCGUUAACAAGUUGAAAUGUAAGAUGUGGAGUCGGGACUCUACCUUUCGUAUCCGUUGUUAGAUCACUGAGAACGUGGCUCACUGUUGCAACAUAAUUGUCACGGAUACGUUUCAUGUUCUCCCUCAAUCGUGUUUCGUCUAAUCAAGGAGGUUAAAGAAAGAGCUUGGUCUAAUAAAAAAUAACAUUCUACUGAA